AAAUGGUGGCUGAACAUGGAGAGCAGUUUUGGGGAGCUUGGUGAUAUUAGUUUAGUCCAGGCUAAGCUGCCAAAGAAGCUGAAAAAGAGGAGGCAGAUGGUGUAUGAGGAUGGUCCGGCUGGGUAUGUUAAUUAACUUAUAAAAGUCAUAUUAAGGUUUGAUAUAAUUGUGUUCCUUAUUUCUUUAGGCUUUUCCUUAUUUGCCAGUACUAACAAGUUUAAAUUGGCAGUUAUGAGGAAUACAUCGAUUAUAUGUUCCCUGCGGAAACUUAGAUGACUAAUCUUAAAUCUUGGAAGCUGCCUAUAAGUGGAAGAAGCAAAAAAUUUCUGAUGAAGACUAGCAUGGUUACCUGUUUUUAUAGAAUUUUAGCUUUUGGUGUAAAUACACAACUGUUUUUUUUGUAUGUUAAUUGGGUGAAAAUGAAGUAGCUUAGCUGCUAAUCAUAUUUUUCUGGAAUGAACGAUUGCACCCCCAAAAUCAGUUGAGGGAACUUAAGAGUUGUACGGAGUGUCUAGAUUAGAUUCUGAGAAUUUAUUAUCAUAGUGAUGAAUCAAGCAUAUCCUUCUAAGCUGAAAUUUAUUUUAACAAUUCCUGAAAUGCACUUUGAACUGAUUGAUGAUUAUAGAUAGUGUCGUGUGAUAUCCAUUAUCGAGAAAUUUUUCAUAGACAUUUUAAUAACUUAUGGUGCAUUUACUGUGUUAUUAGUAAUGCCACAGAGAUGGUAAGCUCUAGAUGAAUUUGCCACCGUACAUGGCAUUGGAUGAAAGUUUUAUAUUGCAUGCCUUUUUGAUCUUAAGUUUUUCUUUUGUUUGGGUUAAGAGAGACUUCAAACAUGUAGCCAAUAAUAUGGCUAAGUGCUGCUGUCUAUAAUUCAGUACUGAUCUGUAACAGUUUACCAUCAUGGUAGGACCAUAUAGGCUGUUGAGACAAUUAAAUACAUUUCAUGCUUGUGAAUGAAAAAUAGGAGAAGCUUUAUGCUUUAUUCAGUUGCUGCAAAAUUAGAGAGAAGAGAUAGGAGUUUGAUAUGACAGAUUUGGGUUUCUUUAUUUAACAAUAAUGGGGUUGGAGAAUAGAACUAAAAGUUGAAAUUUUGGAUUCUGACAUGGUUAUUGCUAAAUCACAGAGAUUCAGGCUGCUGGUAGUACAUAUGGAAACUAUUUUCGUGUAACAACUUAUGGAGAAUCUCAUGGAGGUGGUGUUGGUUGCAUCAUUGAUGGAUGCCCUCCUAGACUUCCCUUAUCAGAAGCUGAUAUGGAAGUUGAACUUGACAGAAGGAUUACAGUGAAAUGUCAACGACUUAUAGGCCUUCUCAUGCAGAUGCUACUUGUGACAUGAAAUAUGGUGCAAGAGCAGUGCAGGGUUGUGGUAGAUCUUCAGCAAGAGAAACUAUUGGAAGAGUUGCUGCUGGGGCUGUUGCCAAGAAAAUCCUUAAGACCCUUGCAGGAACCGAGGUGUGUUUAUUUUGUUGAGUUGCAGGCUCAAACUCUCUCUUUAUCCUGUUUCUUUAUGAUUACAAGGACUUUCUGUGUAGACACCUUAACAGAACUUCAGAGACUAUAUGAUGAGCUUGUUGCUUCUGCUGAUGCCUGCCGGUUGGAUAGGUAUUUGGCUUCUGAAAAAGCUGGAAGGAGUAGGUGGUUGUGGCCUCGAUUCAUACCCCAAUCUUCAUACUCGCCUGUCAAGGGUCUACAUCUUUUUGGAGGAGUAGGGACUGGAAAAACUAUGUUCAUGGACCUGUUUUUUGAUCAAUUUGACCUACAGAAUAUUGGAUAUAAGAACAUUGAUGCGAGAGGAUUGAUCACUGGAUUUCAAUUCCUACAGGCUUACUACCCUGAAUGUUUAGCAAAGUGCUUCAUUCUACACAUGUCACGAUUCUUUGUGAGCGUUUGGAGAAUGGUUUCUCGUUUCCUUGAGAAGGCUACAUUGGAAAAGAUUGUGAUUGUUACCAAUGAGGAUGAAAGACAAGAUUUCAUAAAGGAAGUUGGUGAGGAAGUCCUGCCAAAAGAAUAUGGGGGGCGAGCAAAGCUUGUAGCUAUUCAGGAUGUUGUACUUGCCCCAUUGGAGGGUUGAUUCCACAGAUAGAUGUAGAUGGCUGUUAUUGCAAUAACAACUCUUACUAAUAUCAUGUAAAAUGAUACUAUUGUUGAAAUAACAGGUGGUGGCUACUUUCAACCUGAUCUCUUUUUGCUAUAAGCAGCAAUUAGUAGUUAUAUGAGGCCCCUGGUUAAAGUUUCCCAAACAUUCCAUUAAUACUGUAUUCAAGCAGCAAAAUGGUUUAAGCUUGAUAUUGUGCUUCAUUCCAGCUGGUUAAAGGGCUGAUUUUCUGCUUAAAAUUGAUUUGGCUAAACCAUAUAAAUAAUGCAACCAUCAGUUUUAUUUCCUCACAACUUGUAAAUGUUGUCAA